AUGUCUGGGGACUCACUAGGCAAACGCGGUGAAAACGAGGGGCGGGCGUCCAAGUGCGACGAGAGGAAGUUCCUGGAGUCUCCAGCGGACAUUCGAAUCGCUGUGACGGGUUCCCAGCUCAAACUCAACGAGAAAGGUCGUGAAGUCCUCAGCUUCACACUAACGAUCCGAAACCCCACCAACGAAGAUCUGUGGAAAAUAGAAAAGGCCUACGCGGAUUUCCUGCAACUGGACACAAAGCUCAAAAGCUCUACAACCAAAGCGGUCUCGAGCAAAAUCGGGAAACUCCCCGAUAAAGCACUCUUCACCACACAUUCACCGACCAAAAACGAUCAGCGGAAAGUGCAACUCGAGCUGUACACUCAGAACGUGCUCGAGCUAUGCAGGCAUAGUCCGGAGAUGAUUGCGUUCUUGUCUACGAACGUGCUUGACGCUGCUAAGCAGUCGGCCGGUGAGACGGGCGCAAACGUCUCUGGCACCAUCAAGGAGGGAUACCUGUUCAAGAAGGGGAAGAACUUUGGCGCGUGGAAAUCCCGUUUCUUCGUCUUAAGAUCGGGAGGUGCAUUCGAGUACUUUGAGUCUCAGAAGGACCGCACGAGCUUGUUGGGUGGUAUCAAGCUCAAAUACGUGUUUGUGUCCCGACAAUCGGGCACGGCACCGCUGGAUGGGUUACCGACCAGCGAUGACGGGACAGACACGCAGUCUGGGAAUGACACGGAUUAUCGGCAUGCGUUUAUGUUGACGGAGUACAAGAAGAGCUGCUUUGCACCGGAGGCGAAGGAGAAGGGUGGCGAGCAGUUCUCGGAGAGUAGGGUGAUCAGCCGGCAUAUUCUGUGCGCGGAGAAUGAUGAGGAGAGGGAUGAGUGGGUUCGUCUCAUCGCGAGGGAGAUCAAGUUGGUACGGCCAGACACGACUAGGAACGGACGGAAACCGGUUGACGAACGAGGCGAGGUGGCCGAGCCCUCGCAGCAACAGCAGCCCGGCCCAACGAUCGAAGACCGCGCACAGCCGAUAGAUAUCAAAAUGGCACCCGGACGGGAUGCAAGGGUCCAGGACAUCCAGCAGGAAGAUCCCUUCAGCGCGCCAUCACAGCCCUCUACCGGGUUCGGCCAAUCUCCGGACGAAGCACCGGUCCAAUCCGAGACUCCGGAAGAACAUCCCGUAGCGCCACGACGGACCGCCUCGAUCGCGAUCAUGUCCACCUCGAACGAAGCGCUUUCGUUGGCGCACGCUAUGGGCGGCGGACGCGCGGGAACGACGUCCUCCUCAUCACCGUCCAAAGGACGCACCCGCAAUUUCGUUGACGACAACGAGCGCGUGAUGAUGCAGGCCGAACCUCCACCGCUGCUCUCGCCCGAGGAGAGUCGCGAACGGGGCCAAAGCGCGGCCGUCAACAUCCCGCAGGCGGGCUCCAAAGCUACCGAUAAGAAAAGCAAGCGGAUCACCACGUUCAACUGGGGGAAGAAGAGUAAAGACCAGCUCUCGUCGUCGAAUUCGCGGUCGCAGACUUUGAAUGACCGCGGGCGACGCGUGUUUGGGGUUCCGUUGGAUCAGGCGGUUGCUAUCAGCCGCGUGAGGGAGGACUUGCAGCUGCCUGCUGUGUUGUACAGGUGUAUAGAAUAUCUGGACGCGAAGAAUGCGAAUGAGGAGGAAGGGAUAUAUAGGUUGAGCGGGAGCUCGAGCGUUAUUCAGGGGUUGAAGGCUGCCUUUGACGCUGAGGGCGAUGUGGAUCUCCUAGGCAGCCAGCAAUUCUACGACGUCCACGCAGUCGCCGGCCUCCUUAAACUCUACCUGCGCGAGCUCCCCUCCCCCGUCCUCACAAAAGAACUCCAACGCUCCUUCCUGCACGUCAUGGACCUCGCCGACCGCGAGGAACGCAUCUUCGAGCUGGCUCGACUAGUCGCCCUCCUCCCGAUCCCCAACUACACUCUGCUUAAAAUCCUCAUGGCGCAUCUCGUCCGUGUCGUGCGCCGCGCGGAUAUCAACAAGAUGAAUAUCCGCAACGUCGGGAUCGUGUUCAGUCCGACUGUGGGUGUGCCUGCGGGUGUUUUCACACUGAUGAUGGCGGAAUAUGCGUCGGUGUUU